AAGGUGGUGCCUCUCCUAAUCGCAUAUAGGGUUUUCUUCAGACUUUUGGGAAAGACGCGACUAGUUGUUUUCCUAGAGAAUGAGACUGUUGGUACUUACCAACGUUAGUACAGGAAAUGGUAGGUAGAAAGCCCUGGUCCACAUCCUACUGAAAACUAAAUGUGAAACAGAAACUUACACCAGGAGCUCAGAGCCAAGGUCUGCACGAGCCGCCGCUGAGAUGGCAGAAGCCUCGCUGGAUGCCGGGACUCCGCCAGUAACCGUGAAGAAAAAGAAAAGCCUGUCCAUUGAGGAAAAGAUCGACAUCAUAAAUGCAGUGGAAAGUGGCAAGAAAAAGGCAGAGAUCGCAGCUGAAUAUGGUAUAAAGAAAAAUUCAUUGUCUUCCAUUAUGAAAAACAAAGACAAAGUUCUAGAAGCCUUUGAGUCUUUGAGAUUUGAUCCAAAGAGAAAAAGGCUGAGGACGGCGUUUUAUACGGAUCUGGAAGAGGCACUGAUGAGGUGGUAUCGAAUUGCUCAGUGUCUGAACGUUCCAGUUAACGGUCCAAUGCUGCGUCUAAAAGCUAAUGAUUUUGCCCAGAAGCUGGGGCACAAUGAUUUUAAGUGCAGCAAUGGUUGGCUGGACCGUUUUAAGUCCAGGUAUGGCUUAGUCUUCAGAGCACAACCCGUAGAAGCCACGGGUGUAUCUACAGACCCUUCGGCUGUGUGGUACCAAAAUGUGCUGCCUUAUUAUUUAAACGAUUAUCAUCCUAAAAACAUUUUCAAUGUAAAAGAGACUGGACUGCUUUAUCGAAUGUUACCUACAAAUACUUUUGCAUUCAAAGGAGAAACAUGUUCAAUUGGAAAGCUGUGCAAAGACAGGAUAACGCUGGCACUCGGCACGAAUGUGGAUGGCUCUGAGAAGCUCCCUCUGCUUAUCAUCGGGAAAAACCGAGCCCCACAUUGUUUCAAAGGCGUAAAAUCAUUGCCUGUGUAUUACGAAGCUAACAGAACGGCGCGGAUGACUGCAGUUAUAUUCGAACAGUGGAUGCAGAAGCUGGAUGAAAAAUUCCAAGCCCAGAAACGAAGAGUGGUGAUUUUUGUGGAUUCUCUUCCGGCACAUCCAGAAGUGAAAAACCUAAAGUCCAUUGAGUUAGCAUUCUUCCCAUCAUGCUUGUCUUCCGGGUUUGCAGCUAUGAAUCAAGGUGUUAUUAAAAGCCUUAAAAUCAAAUACCGGCAUUGUCUUAUCAAGAAAUUUUUAAGCUCAGUUGAAAGUAGCAAAGAGUUUACAUUUUCCCUGCUAGAUGCGGUUGAUACAUUACAUCUCUGCUGGAGAGCUAUAGCGCCAGAGACCAUUGUUAAAUGCUAUGAGGAAGCAGGAUUCAGCUCUCCAAGGGGAGAAACUGACACAGCAAAUGCAGAAGAAGAUGCUGCUGCUCUUGAUCUGACUGCCCAUGCAGUGGGGGCAGGAGUGGAAUUUCUUGAAGGCUUGUCCAUAGAGGGAUACGCUGCUCUGGAUGAGGACCUGGAGACUUGUGAAGACGCCCCAAAAGAUGGUGCUGAGUGGGACGAAGAAAGUAAGCAAGAUGUAACCGGUUUUUAUACUUCCGAUGAAGAGGAGGAGGACAGCGGAGCGCUAGAAGUGGACCUGCCAUUACCAUCCACGAAUGAAGCACUCACAGCUCUAGGCACUCUGAAAAGGUUUCUUAGAAGUCACGAUAUGAACGAUGAACUUCACAGUUCUUUAGCAGACCUUGAAAACUUUAUUAACACUUUGUCGCCUAAGUAGCCCCUCAGUGUUCAUCUGCAGAGCAGUAACUUUUCCUCGGGUAUCAUAUUCCCCAAGGAAUGUAAACGGAAAGUAUCUCUUAAACAAGAAAAGAGAAAGCCUAAUAAUCGUUGGCUUAACUGCAAAGCCUUUGAUCUGCGUAGCGGGGGCUCCCUAGUAAAUAAUGACUAAGUAAAACUGCAAAAUUCCGUUUAGCAGGUUUGGGGAGAAAAUGUGUUUCAGAGGCUUUAUACUUGAAAGAAACUUAGCAUGUGUGUGAAAGAACUCCAGCUGGCUGACUCACACGCAUGAAAUUGCUGGUUUUCAUUUUCUUUGUUUUUUUUUAAGUUCAGAUAAUAUUCUAGAAUAUUUUAUCUUCGUAGUUAAAAAAAAACCCAGCUUAUUUAUUUUUAUAAAGUCAUUUGCAUGCUACCUCUAUCCUAAUGAAUUCUUUUGUUCUCUUUCCUUUUUGGUUGGUUUUUAAAGAAAGGGUCUCGCUGUGUAGUCCAAAAUGCCUCAAAUUCAGGGCUAUGCUCCUGCCUCGGCCUCUCAGAUGCUGGGAUUAUAGGUAUAAAUCACUAUGCACAGCCUAAUUAAGCUUUUGAGCAUCAUCUAGUAUAAAAUUAUGUUCUAAUUAAUCUUCCAGACUGAAAAAAUUAUUAAAAUAUAUUCUAAUCUGCUAUGCACCAAGAUGAUGAACAAUGUAAUUCUUGCUGCUUUCAAAUCACUUGUCAAAUUAAGUCAAAUGAAAAGCUAUCAUUUUACCAUCCAUCACCAGGUCCUUCUGCUGGGCAUAUGUGUGUGCUUGCUUAGUGGGAAAAUACUUGAAGGGAAAUGUUUAUUAAACUCAUAUUUAUAUUCGAAUAAGGAGGCAAUUGAAGACUCACUUAGAGUCACCAAGAAGAAAACUUGUGGCACUUUUUUACACAUGAUCUUAGCCAAAAGGCCGAGAAGCGAUGUGGCGCUUUUUUAAAAAUUGCAAGAGCUCAACUUUUAAUCUAGUUUUGUUCUUGAUUUUACUGAAUUUUAUUUCUUAGCACAUUGUGGUAUUUAGUUGUCUUCCUCCAAUGUUUUCUUCUCUAAAAGUUUUUAGAGAAAGUGUUACCUGUAUAAUACAUUAACAUACUGUAGGAAAUUACCUACUCACCAUCUAAAAACAGCCGUUGAGCAAAAUUUUAACAAUGUGUCAGUCUUUCCCACUGUUCAGUUUUAAAUAGCAUGUUUAUUUAACUUAUUCUACCUAAUUUAGGUCCCCUUGAGAAGUAUUUUAUAAAAAUACAAAGCAUAAGGGGUUGGGGAUUUAGCUCAGUGGUAGAGCACUUGCUUAGCAAGUGCAAGGCCCUGGGUUUGGUCCCCAGCUCCGAAAAAAAAAAAAAGAAAAAGAAAAAAGAAAAGAAAAAAAUACAAAGCAUAGCGAUUUGUUGUGAAUUAUUAAUCUGUCAGAAGAUUAUACAUUUAGAAGAAAAUAAUCUAACAAACCAUUUUUAUUUUCUAUUGUUGUUUGCUCUGCUCUGAGGAUUUAGUUGAGCCCUAAACUGUAUUAAUAUUUUAGAAGUUUCCUUUAUUAUUAAACAUUGAAUAUUUAAAUUAAAAGCAUUUUGUGAUUUGA